CAUAUGCAAGUUAAAUUGCUUAACCUUGCUGAAAUGUAAUGGGAGAGUAGUACGUGUGCUGCCACUGAGGAUUGAACCAGCCACCCAGUCGGUAGCUAAAGGGCGACUGGUUCUAUGUGCAAUUAUUAAACCUGCCACAAUAGUUGAGAAUAAAUUGAGAACUUUGGCAAACAGAAAAAUGCCAGGAAAUGUAGAAAUAAAAGCCAGGCUGCAGGAUGUGGAGGGAGUACGGAAAAUUUCUUCAGAAUUGAGUCAAUCAUCAGGAGAGACUCUCAUCCAAGAGGAUGUGUUCUUCUUUACUCCGAACGGUCGACUGAAACUAAGAACCAUUAAGGAUGUUCGAUCAGAACUCAUCUUCUAUGACCGGCCAGACAAAAUUGGACCAAAGUUCAGUGACUACAGUAAAACAGAAGUAGCCAAUCCAGAAUCUCUGAAGGAGACUUUACGUCAAGCCUUGGGUAUAAAAGGUAUGGUGAGGAAAGUGCGAAAACUGUACAUGGUUGGCCAGACGCGGGUACACAUUGACAAUGUUGAGGGGCUCGGUGACUUCAUGGAACUGGAGGUAAUGAUGCAGGAAGGACAGACAGCAGAAGAAGGACAGAAGAUUGCGGAGGAUCUGAUGGAUAAACUCGGUGUGAAACAGUCCGACUUGUUAUCUGGAGCUUAUAUGGAUAUGAUUCUUAAAAAGUCAGAAGCAGCUUGAAAUAUGCAAAACAUCGACUUAAGCUUCAUUAAGGAGGGGAAAAUUCUCAAACCGGGUACACAGAUGCCCCAUAAAUUGUAGAUGAGGUGGAUAAUCUCUUUUCAUGGAACAUGUCCAAAAGUACAAAUAAUGAAGAACAGUUAAACAAAACAAUACCCCAAAAUACGGGAUCAUUGUUACCAAAACAUUAAGCCAGGUUCUUGUUUGAGCCCGUGGUACAGGUAUAUAAGUUACCAGUGUCUAAAUAGAGGUGGUUCAGUGGCACAGUGGAUAAUGCCUUUUAGCAAGAUGGCUGGGGUUCAAUUCUAUGUACAGAUGCGAAAAAGUAUGGGGUGACCUGUCCAAUCAUAUGGAUUUUCUCCAGAGUAACUGUAUCAAGACCCCAGCAUGCUUCAAUUCAGGCCAACAAGAGUGAUUGAUACACGUUUAUAACUAAUGUUGUGAAAUGGAUGCUGUUUAAAGUAUACUAGGACUGGGGUUAUGUUUUAUCAGUGGAAUAUGUAUACAAUAAUGUGAAUCUCUGUCAAUUUUUUGCAGAAUUUUCCAGUGUAACAACAUGAAUCUGAUUUUUUCUUAGAUGUCUGUUUAAAAGAUUUCUAGUACAACAAUUUUUAUCUAUGAUUCAAUAUAUCGGAUUACUUUCUAGAAGACCAAUAUUAAAGUGAAUCUGUGGUUCAACUGUGUCAAUUGCAAUAUUUCUACUACAUGUACAAAAGUUAGCUUACUUAGUCUUAAGGACCAGGCUGAGACAGUUUAGAACAAUUGGUAAUUUCAAUAAUAUUAUUAUUCACCUGAACACAAAAUUUCUGUUUUGUUAGGAACCAAUAGGCAUACAUUGAUUUUAUGUUAAAUUUAGUCAUUUUAAUCCUAGUCAUCAUUAGUUGAACCUUUAUUGAUAAAGGGUACAGAUCAAGGGAAUUCAUCCAAAUUUGUUCUGAAGUAUUGCUCGGCCAGGCCUAGGGGACUCGAUAUAUAAUAUCAUUAUAUAUAAGAGGGGUGUGGCUUCCCUUACGGCAGGUCUAAUGACUUUUUGAAUAUUAACUAAUAAUGGUGUAAAUGAUCACCUCAUGACAAGGUUUUAUUUUUGAGCUCAUUUGAAGUACAAUUUAUGUGUUAGACUUCUGAUUGGAUAUUUCCAACUUCUCAGUUUCCUGGUUGCCAAUUCUGACAAACCUUUAUACCAAUGUUCCUGCUCUCAUGCUCUUGAUCUAACAUCUAUUUUUUAAAUCAAUUCACAAUCAAAGAUGGCCAACUUUUUCUUUACUGGCUGCAACAGUUUUGAUGUCUCCUCAUGAUCAUCUCCCGUCCGACUAAUAUUAACCAAACUAGUCCAGACUACACACUGUUGUUUUUUGGGUUGUUAGACAUAAUAACCUUAUCCAUAAAUACCUAAAACACCUCAUUAUCAGGUUGGCACAAUCGUUCUUCUGUGACCUGCUGUAUGUUAAGAGGCGACUUAUGUGGCCUCUCCUCUUCCCCCUACCCUUGUAGAAUCGUCCUUCUGUAACCUGCUGUAUGUUAAGAGGCGACUAAUGUGGCCUCUCCUCUCCCCACUACCCCUGUAGAAUCGUGGGGUUGUCUUCGUCCUUCUGUAACCUGCUGUAUGUUAAGAGGCGACUAAUGUGCCCUCUCCUCUUCCCCCUACCCUUGUAGAAUCGUCCUUCUGUAACCUGCUGUAUGUUAAGAGGCGAUUAAUGUGGCCUCUCCUCUUCCCGCUAACCUUGUAGAAUCGUGGGGUUUUCUUCGUCCUUCUGCUAAGGGGACAUUGAAGAAAACUUGUUCUGUUGCACUGAUUGGGACAAUUGGGAUCUAUCUUUUCCCAUUUUUCUACUCUCCAUUUGGCUACAUGUACACCAUCAUCAAAGGACCUUAAAAUAAUACCAGAUACACUUUGGUAGAAUGUCAUACUGAUGUUGCUGCUGUUGCACUUUUCUCUGGGUAAAAAAAAAUCUGAGGGCGACCAAGGUCUCCAGCUAGUGGAAGCAUUUCAACCUUUUGACUAGUUAAGUUAAUAAAGAAUCAGGUUAGUGUUUCAAGCCUUAUUGACCUCUUGUUAUGUUUAAAACCGUUACUAUUUUCUUUUCUUGUACAAACAUGUAAAUUAAUGAUUUGGUUCUUCCAUCAGGAUGUCAUUAAACAUUUGUAUAACAAAAUGUUUAAAUGUUUUGAAAAAAAUGUGUUAAAUUUAUGACAAGAUCAUAUGUAAAUUGCUGCUAACUGAUGUGAAUACAGAUUUGAUUACUGGUGGUAUUCUGGGAAAUACAUAAAGCUUUUACAGUGUGUUAAAUCUACAUUUUAUACCUAUGUGUUCAGGAGUUUUUACUGAUGCUAUACAAAUUACAAUGUGUGUAAAGUAUUGAUUACAUUAAAUGUAUUUUAUACAAA